AUGUCUAACCUGCACAGUUCGUCCGGAUGCUGUACACCAGCGUGUCCACUGACUACCGUACAGCGCACAGAACUAGGUCUAAUUCCUGCGUCCCCGCGGCGGACCCAUAGUCCUAUAGACAUGAGUUUGAGCCCAGCCCUGUUGGAGCCCCUUGCACGGCUUUCCUCCAAGAGGGCUACGAACUAUCAGGAAGAACACCCACAGGACGACGUUUUCAGCACACCCAUUCUUAAAAUAGACAAUACUGGGGGGACUGAUGCAGAGACGCUAAGCAACGAUCUGCGGGCCUUUGGUCCCAUGCGACAGCGGCCAGAGAUGGACACCAUCCCACUUAGUAAUAAAUACGGGAGCAAAGACCCCCUAUGGGACCUGGAUUACUCAGACUCUGACGACCAGCACGAUGCUCUAGAGCCCAAUCUAAAGCGUCCUAUUGUGAGAGAGAGGCAACAGCAGAAUCUAUUGGCUACCACACCGCGGAUACCACUCGGUUUUGACGGCGAUAUCUCGCAGGCGUCCGAUGUCUUAAACAGUGCCGAUUUGGACAGACGCCCCAUCAUGGUCUUCGACUCCCCUCCCAACUCCCCCUUGGCCGACGCAAUCGCUAGAAUACCAUCAGUUUUGAGUCUAAGUCGCCUUCCUCUACUAGAUAAUGCGAGCUCCUGCUUUGACACAACUGACUUAUCCAGGCUUUUCCACGGAGCUGCAGAUAAUGAUAUCUCCUGCCCACCACGCCAGCUUGUACAUGAAACCAGGUAA